GGAAGUACAACAUUUCAAUGUUAGUGCUCCUCUUGAUUCCAUGUUAAUACUCUUUGGCAACACGACGCUGGGCGUUCUACACACCCGGAAGUAGUGUACGAAACAAUUACUAUUGUGGAACUUUAACAUUUAUGUAAUUUGUGAAGCUACCCUGAUAUUCUGCACCGGGGUUCCCACUUUUGCUCUCAGGUCGUUGUUGGCUAUGGACGCCAUUGAAGCUGACGAUCCGGCGGCGAGCUCCGAGGACCCCGCGAAGAGGCGCCGGGUGCACGGCAUGUUGAAGCUCUAUUACGGGCUGAACGAAGAAGGAAAGGCCGGUGAGACGCCAGAGUCCCUGGAUCCGUGUGACAUCAACGGGCCGCAUUUUGAUCCCGAGGACUACCUAAACAAGCUUCGAAGAGAAUGCACUCUAUCGGAGCUGAUGGAUCAGGAGACCUGCAUGGUCAAGCAGAUCCGUUCUUUGGAUAGCGACAUGCAAACGCUGGUGUAUGAAAAUUACAACAAGUUCAUAUCUGCUACAGACACCAUAAGAAAGAUGAAGAAUGAUUUCAAAAAGAUGGAAGAUGAAAUGGACUGUCUCUCUGCUAACAUGGCGGCCAUCACCGAUUUUAGCGCUUGCAUUAGUGGUACCCUUGAAGACCAGCAUGCUCAGAUUACAAAACUUUCUGGGGUGCAUACUUUGUUAAGGAAGUUGCAGUUCUUGUUUGAACUACCUGCCAGAUUAAACAAAUGUUUGGAGCUGCAGGCUUACGCUCAGGCAGUGAGCUCUCACCGCCGUGCUCGCUGUGUGCUGAAGCAGUACAGCCACCUGCCCUCCUUCAAGGGCAUCCAGGAUGACUGCCUCACGAUCAUGGAGAAACUGGCGCAGGAGCUGCGGCUUAAGUUCAGGGAUGGUGGCUCAAGUGCUAAAGAUUUAUCAGAAUGCGUGGAGCUGCUGUUGCAGUUGGAUGAGCCGGCAGAGGAGCUCUGCGAGAAGUAUCUGAACCACGCCCGCUCUCGCCUGGAAGUGGACCUGCAGGGUCUGGAGGCUGAGAUAAGACCGAGCCCGACUGCUUCAGUGGCGAAAGAUGCUGCUGUGCGCAGACCUUUCCCGAAUAUCGCUGCUGUGUCGCCUGCUGACGCUGUCCCUAAAAUGAGAUCCCUCCCCUCCCCUACCUUAAACACAGACAUCCUGGAGUUUAUCGACAGAGGCUGUAAUGAAUUUGUGAGCAGCCUAUGUUUAGUAAUUGCUUCUUAUCAACAACUUUUCAUCAAUCAUGCUCAGACCGGCGAGCUCGCAUCCAAAAAUAUUCAUCAGAUGGCAAACAGCAAGCUGCACACAUUUGUGGAUGACCUCGCCGUCCGAUAUUUCUCGCUUGUCGAGCGGAGGAUACAAGAGGAAAAGGGGGUCGCGGAUAACUCCCUCUUGGUCCGCGCCCUCGAUCGCUUCCACCGCAGACUCCAGGCCGUGGCCAAGCUCAUGCCAGGCUCUUCUGUGCCAAACCAAGGCACCGAGAUUGUGAUCCGCGCCGCAAACGAACGAGUCAAGCAGUACCUCGCUGCUCUUCAGAGCUUCUACAUGGAUAGCUUAACAGACGUGAGGCAGGCCCUUGCAACGCCUCGCCUAUCGAUGGCUGGUCAAGGGGGCGGGGGUCAUCUAGGCGGUCCAGCCUCCAGCAGAGAUGUUCCAAGCAGCCUCCCAGAGCUGCUCUCCUCCCUCUCAGCUUCAAUCCUAAACCAAAUAAAAUCAGUGUUGGCCUCGGUACACCUCUUCACAGCCAAGGACAUUACUUUCUCCAACAAGCCAUACUUUAAGGGUGAAUUCUGUUGCCAGGGUGUUCGGGAAAGCCUGGUCGUGAGCUUUAUAAAGUUUGUGUGUCAGUCCUCUCGCCAGUUUUGUGAGAGUGCAGGAGACAAGGGAGGGUCUACUCCUCCGUCGCUCUUGUUGCUGCUCUCUCGGCUUUGCUUGGACUACGAAACUUCCACCAUCUCUUACAUACUCACUCUUACAGAUGAACAGUUCCUGGCACAGCACCACAGUCCGGUAACAGCCGUCACUGCUCUGUGUGCAGAAGCCAGGGAGGCAGCACAGAAACUACUGAACCACUAUGUCAAGGUUCAGGGACUUAUUAUUUCCCAGAUGCUUCGAAAAAGUGUUGAAACACGAGACUGGGUCAACACCAUCGAGCCACGAAAUGUCCGCGCGGUGAUGAAGAGAGUGGUAGAAGACACCACUUCCAUUGAUGUGCAGGUUGGUCUUCUGUACGAGGAAGGUGUGAGGAAAGCACACAGCAGUGACUCCAGUAAAAGGACUUUCUCCGUCUACAGCAGCUCAAGGCAGCAAGCCCGCUACGCUGCGAGCUACACACCAAGUGCUCCCAUGGACACCAACCUACUCAGCAACAUACACAAGCUGUUUUCUGAGCGAAUUGACAUCUUCAGCUCGGUGGAGUUCAACAAGGUGUCUGUGAUGACGGGAAUCAUCAAAAUCAGCUUAAAGACGUUCCUGGAGUGUGUUCGGCUGCGCACCUUCGGCCGCUACGGGCUGCAGCAAAUCCAAGUGGACUGUCACUACCUGCAGAUGUACUUGUGGCGCUUUGUGUCUGAUGAGAACCUCGUACAUUUCCUGCUGGAUGAGAUAGUGGGGAGCUCCGCCCACCGCUGCCUUGAUCCGGCCCCGAUGGAGCAGAGCGUCAUCGAAGUCAUCUGCGAACGAGGUUAAAGCUCAAUGUUCAACACCGACUGGUCUCGCAGAACACACUACUGGAUAUUAUCAAAUACUGGAGUUGGAGAUGAUGGUUAUUUAUUACUGCUAAAUGUCCAUUUAAUCUGUUAUGGUGUCUAUACAAUACAACACCCUUAUUACAUAAGUAUAACUUAUAAUUGCUUGAAAUGUUUCAGACACUAAAAAAAAGUUAAGUGACCACUAUAAGUGAUUGGGGCCUACAAGUCCGACUAGUUUAGACAUUUAAAUGGCUUUUACACAAACUUAAUGUUAAUAUGAACAGUAUAAGAUUAGUCCCAAAAUGUGAUGUAAUAAUUAAUAGUGAAAAGGUAGCCAAUGAAUGUUUAGUUGUUUUUUUUUGGGUUUUUUUUCCCAUCAGUGGUCAACAAAAUAAACAAAACAGUUUUACAUAAACAGUUGUACAUUCAUAAAUUGAAAAUGUUGCAGACCGAAAGGGUUUAGGCUGAUGUUGAACACUUAUUGCGCCUAACCCUAUAAACAAUGUCAAAUACAAGAUGAGCUUCCAAAAAUUAUGAAAUUUCCUUUGCACAACAUUUUAUAAAUACACCCUGUACACAGCAUAAACACUGUUCAAUUAUAUACACAGUAAACAAAUGUAAAAUAUCCUUGUACACGUGUUAGUUAAACCUUUGUACCAAUUAUAUACUAUAUACAAACAAUUAUACUUCCAUUAUUAUUUAUAUCCCACAUUUAGUUUGUAAUUAACAUUGAUCACAGUAUUAACUACUGUGUUGAUUCAAGAGUGAUAUAUUUUUCCAAGACAUUGGUCUUAAAGUGUUUUUUAAAUGUGUGAAUGGAACUGGAACAUUUUAAGGAAUCAUCCAAGCUGUUCCACAGAUGAACCCCCCUGACAGAAACACAUCUACUUUGUAAGCUCGUUCUUAUGUUUGCUUUCUUAAAGACAGCUGAACCUCUGAGGUCAUAGGGACUCUCCCUAGGUUUGAACCUCUCCUGUAGACACCCAGACAGCAUGUGGGUAUGAUAAUAACAAAAAAUAAUGUUAAGUGGAAUUAUUUCUCUAAAUGUGACAUAUUUACUAAUCAUACUUGGUGUAAUUAACAAUAACGAUGUAAAUCAAUCCCUAGAGAUCACAAUUUGUCAUUUGGGUCAAGUGUGGUAAUGAGUCAAAUGAUACUGUACUGAAGCGUCGAUGCAUUAUGAAACACAAAGAGUGAUACUGUCCCUUAUUGCCUCUCUCUCGCUCUCGCUCUCGCUCUCGCACUGUCUCUGUCUCUGUCUGUCUCUGUCUCUCUCUCGCUCUCUGUCUCAAACACAUUACCGAUACCACUGCUGUGCCAUUCACAUGGGAAGUUAUCAGGAAGCACUUCUUUCGGCCCACAAGUUGCUAUUCGUAAUAAAAUAAGUCUUAAGAGUGGUGUGUUGCGUUUGACAUCGGUUUUCCUCUCCAUUAGUCUAAAUGGAACUAAUUCGGUAGUCGGAUCGUUAUAAUUUUUUUUACUGAACUGCAAAUCAUUGAUUUGCUCAAAACGUAGUUACAGUAAGUAUAGUACAAAUUAAGUGCACAUUAUGAAAGUCUUUGCAGUUUGCAAUAAUCUUGCAAACAAGGUACAGUUACUAAUCGAUAAUUUAGUAAACACACUCAAACAACUUAACGUAGUGCACCAUUUACUCUGAUUUAGUUUAAACAGUUGUUGAAACAAGUUUGUUUGACAAUGCUGAUCCCUUUUUAGGUACAAUGCUACCCCAGCUCGUUGCGAUUACUUACAAAAAUGUCCAAUGUUCUCCAGGAAGCUAAAUAAAUUCAUUCAGUCUGUGGUUGCUACUUGAUGCUCUUGUUUGUGCAGUACAGUUGGUUUAUCCUUGCUGGAAUUUUGCCUCUCCAAGGUAUUGUAAGACAAAUCAGCUGUGGUGAUAUGAAUGACAUCUUCUCGUAGGACUUGGUCUUCACAGAUGUUAGAUGUCCAACAUGCGGUGGCUGUCUGUUUAGCAAAGGCAUAGGUUUACCUUAACUGUCAUACUUUUGUUUACAACAUUGAAUCAGUAAACUGUAAACUCUUCUGCUUCUUGUGAAUGCAGCUAGCAUGUAGCUAUCGACGCAAAGAGAGCAGCAGCAACAGUUGACCGGCAGCAGCCGUCACUGCUCGUUGAUGGUGAUUGCUGCUUGCUUUCACUUCAGACUCUACAAGACUCAAAGAAGUCUCCAAUAUCACCGGGAAAAGUCAUUAGAUUUGUCGUUAGUAGCAGUUUACAAAAAAGUUGCCAAAAAGACUGACAACACUGUCGGCGCCAUCCUCGAGUAUGUGUAUAUAUAUGUAUAUAUAUGUAUGUAUGUAUGUAUAUUUAUAUAUGUAUAUAUGGUGUCAAACGAUUAUAAUAUUUAAUCGGGAUAAUUGCAUUUGUUCAUCCAUCCAUCCAUUUUCUACCGCUUGUUCUUUGGGGACGCGGGGGAUGCUGGAGCCUAUCUCAGCUGCAUUCGGGCGGAAGGCGGGGUACACCCUAGACAACUCGCCACCUCAUCGCAGGGCCAACACAGAUAUUCACACUCACAUUCACACGUAAGGCCCAAUUUAGUGUUGCCAAUCAACCUAUCCCCAGGUGCAUGUCUUUGGAGGUGGAAGGAAGCCGGAGUACCCGCAGGGAACCCACGCAGUCACGGUGAGAACAUGCAAACUCCACACAGAAACAUCCCGGGCGCAGGAUCGAACCCAGGACCUUCGUAUUGUGAGACACAUGCACUCACCCCUGUCCUACCGUGCUGCCUGCAUUUGUUCAUAGUAAUUUAAAAUUAAUCACCGAUGGAUAUCAUUUUUCAGAAUUGAUAAGUAUAGCCUUGACAGAUCAUUUUCAAGUCUAAACACCAUGACUGGACAAUUAAUUUGCUUUAAUGAAAUGUGUUUUAAACAUUAUGCGUUUUUAAACCGCUCAAGUACGCUUUUAAUAAACAUUAAAAAAAAUGCUUUGUAAGAAUACAAAAUGAAUGGAUGGAUGGACAGAUUUUGUAUUCCUGCCGUAAAAGCACUUGCAUACAGAGGAGGAGUUACGCCAUAUUUAGAUACCAGUUUCAUGCAUUAAUAACAAACAAUGUCUGUUAGGAUCAUGCUUUGAUUGUCAAAGAUGUUUGGUAAUGUGAUAUUCCUACCUAAAUAAAUGCUUCUGAU